AUAGAUAGCUCAUUAUACUAUCUAUUUUGGAGUGAGAAAGACGCUUGCAGAUCUUACUAUCAUUCUUUCCCUAACUUAAAAAAAUGUCUCCAAAUAGGGUUUGGAAACAAUUCCAGAGUGUAUACAUGUGGAACUGAAGGUCAUAAAUUCAGUUGCCACAGUCCAGUGAGCUAUGGAAGCAACCUUUUUUGGUGUAUGACUUGAUAUAUGUUAUUCUUGCAAGUGAGUAGGCUUCAGUAGGUAGCUGAUGUGAGCAAGUGUGGAGCUUAUUGUGAAAAAAUCCCUUUUUCUUUUCAUAAUAUUAAUAAUGUUCAGCAAUCCUUCUGUAAAAUUGCUUCUCCAAAAGUAAUAUAGCCUGUGCCUAACAGCAUAUAUUCUCUUUUAGGUUUCCUUUGACUUUCAGUGUGCAAAGUCAAUGAGAAUGAUUUAGGACAAUCAGAUGGGGAAUUUAUUUUUGGAAUUGAUCUUCCUGUAUUACCACAAAGGAAUCUAAGAAACGAUGUCAGAUAUCUUGGACCAGUUUAUUGAAGAGCAAAAGGCCAAGUUGGCACAAGACAAAGCAGAACUUGAAAAUGAUCCUCCUUAUAUGGAAAUGAGGAGCAAAGGUUCAGAACAGCUUUCUGAGACCAGCAAAAUGUUAAUCUCUAUGGCUAAAGAAAAUAUACCACCAAAUAAUCAAGAGAGCUGUCCACUAGGUAACUAUGGCUUGAGCUUGCCGCUUGGAGAAGAAUAUGAACGAAAAAAGCAUAAACUAAAGGAGGAACUCCGACAAGAUUAUAGACGAUAUCUUUCUCAGGGUAUUUCACAGGCUAAAAGAAAGAAAAAUUAUUUGACUACUGCUGAAGUAGAUCCAUAUACUCAGGGACUAUCUCUUCCCAUUGAUGAGAGAAGAUCUGCCAAGGAGAAACUACGUCUUGAAAGAAACAAGGAAUACAAUCAAUAUCUCAGGGAUAAGGAAGUGUGGAAUGAAAGGUUAAGGAAAAUAGGAAAAAACCCCACAGAGCAUGAGACAGACCGACAUAAAAAACCUGCUGCUGUUACCAGAGUCCAGCCAGAGCUUCAUAAACAAAUAGAAGCCUCUUGCGGAGAUUCAGAACCUCCCAGGAAAGAUGCUUGUACUUCCACGGAAGCUUAUGAAGAGCUGCUAAAUAGGAGACGACAGGAGGAGGGCAGAUAUCGCAGAUCAGAUGAUGAAGCUGAAGUAAGAGAGAGAAUAUUGCAGAAAACACUUGAUGAGAAACUGGACAUUUCCAAUAGGAAGUGUCACAGGUUUGCUAACAAACCUGACAUUUCUGUUGGAAGACAUCACAGAUUUGAUGAGGAUUGUGAUCUUGAUAGAAGAUGCGACAGACCUGAUUAUGAUCCUGAAGUAAAUGAGGAAAUGGACUCUAGAUUUAGAUAUGAAAGCGACUAUGACAAAAAGCCUCUGAGGUUUUUCAAUACUGAAAGAAAUCAGGCAGACGACAAUUCUCCAACCAGUGAACAGGCAAAAUCAGGCAUAGGUAAGGAUGGCAUUCCAUAUGCAACAGGACUCAUUCUCGGUGGUCAGGACAAGGAACUUAUACAAAGAAGGAAAGAAAUGUACAGACAGGAGCUCAUGGAACAGAUGGCUGAGCAACAAAGAAAUAAGAGACGUGAAAAAGAGCUGGAGCUCUUAGUUGCUGCUACUGGAGCUCUAGACCCAGGGAAGCAGCCUGAUAGACUGAAGCAAUAUGGUUUGACAGCAAGAGCCUCUGAAGAAAAGGUACCACCUGAAAGGCCCAAAUCGGCUUUCCAGACACCCCUUCCUGCACCUCCUGUUUCACCAGUGAAUGAGGACUUUCACAGGGGAAUAUCCAGUGCUCUUGGUGAAAUAGUAGCUCCCAGGAUUGCACCUCUACCUCCACCUCCACCACCAAUUUUGACUGACAAUUACAGAACACCUUACGAUGAUGCAUACUAUUUCUAUGGGGCUAGGAAUCCUUUGGAUCCCAAUCUUGCAUAUUAUGGUACAGGAAUGAUGGGAAUGCAGCCUACACCUAAUCUUGCAGUUCCCUUAGGACAGGUACCAGCAGAUCAGUCUGUAAGAAACAGUGGACAGAGAAACAUAGGGGAUAGACCAAAAAGUCUUGGAAUAUUUCCUGAAGAAAAGCCAAAACCCUCAAAAGAAUCAUCUUUAUCUUAUCAACAAGAAUUGCAACAGCAGAUAAGAGAAAGAGAAGAACGACGCAGACGAGAGAGAGAGGAAAAGCAACAAUAUGAAGCAAAGUUAGAAGCUGAAAUGAGAAGUUACAAUCCCUGGGGAAAAGGUGGUGGUGGUGCUCCUCUUAGAGAUACAAAAGGAAAUCUGAUAACUGACUUGAAAAUGAUGCACAAGCAAAAUGAAGAUGCAUAUCAUAAUCCAGAAGGAAGACCAUAUGAAGAUAAAAGGGCUAUUGUUUCUUUUGACCUAGGUUUGCCGUCCUCAAGACCUGAGAAUGCAGAAACAUCUACAGGUUUCUCAUUUGCACAAACCUCUCCCUUUGCUCGAGGUAACGUUUUUGGUGAACCACCAUCUGCACAGCAGCUUAAACAACAAGAGUCGUACAAAAAUUUUCUUCGUUUGCAGAUUGAGGAAAAGAGACUCAGGGAAGAAGCAGAGCGAGAAAAACUUAGAAUUGAAGAAGAAAAAGAAGAAAAACGGCUAGCUGAACAAAGGAUGAGAAUUCAGAAAGAAUAUGAAGAGGAGCAGGAAAAGAAAAGAAAGAAAGAGGAGGAGCAAAGAUUAAAAAAUGAAGAGAUGAUACGAUUAGCUGAAGAAAGGCGGAAAGAGGCAGAAAAGAAGAAAAGAGAGGACGAAGAGAAACAGGAUGAACAAAUUAGACAAUAUUAUGAACGAGAGAAGACUGCAAAGAUAGAAGACGAAAAGAAGCUUUCAAGGCAACCUUCUCCUGUAAUUCCUGCUCUUCAGCAUAAAUCUUUAUCAAAAGAAGAGAGACCUACUUCUGUUGACAGUCAUACAUCUUAUUAUACACAAGAUCUUCCACAGCCCAGAGUUCUUUCUCCUCCUGUUCCUGCUAGAAGAAACCAGUUGCGUGCCUAUGAGGAAAGAAAAAAUGUGAUAAAUGAGCUGACAGAAAUGAGAAAGCAGCUUCGUAGUGAAGAGCGGCGACUGCAGGAGCAAUUGCUAAAUGUGGCCAGUGAAGACGACAUAACUACAAGCAGGAAGAGGGAGAGAAAUCCAAUGGAUGUAUUUGAUAUGGCCAGACUUCGGAUGCAAGCUCCAGUGAGGCGACCUUCAUCAAAGGAAGCAGCUGAUGCUGUAAAUAUACAGAACAUCUGGGAGUUUAAUGAUCUUAAGUACAGAGAUUCAGAAACACGAGCAGACUUGAGAUAUAUGUACCCUGAUCCUCCAAGAGAUGAUCAAACUCUAGAGAUUCAACAGCAGGCAUUGCUAAGAGAGCAGCAGAAGAAACUUAAUAGAAUGAAAAUGAGAAGAGAUGAAAUAGAUACUAUAGAUUAUGAUGAUUCUGCUCCUGGCUUUAACCCACGGAACAUGGGACUGUUCAGGAAUGACUCCAGUGAAUUCUUGAAAAAAUCACUAUUGGAAUCUGAGAGUGCUUUUAUUGAUACUAAUGGGGAAACAUUUCCUGCUUUAGAAGAAGGUUAUCUAUUUUCACAACCCCAGUCUUCUGCAAGGGAGAGGAGACGACUAAAGCAUAAAGCAAAGGAUUUUACUAAUGAAGUCCCUGUCAGCCAGGCUGCACUGUCUGACAGCUUCUCUUUACACUCAAGCUCCAGUCUCAGUGUUAAUCAGCUGAAAGCCAGGAAUGAAGAACGAUUGAGAAGACUGGCUGUACUUCAGAAGAAAUCGGUUCCCUUAGGUGCUGAUGUUUCCCUGGGAGAUGCUGAUGCUACUUUGAAUCACUUUCCAUCCAAAGAUGGCAGACGGCCUAACUCUGUUGACACAGUAGCCACAGAUCUGUGGCUGCGACCAGGCACAUCGGAGACCCUGAAAAGGUUUAUGGCUGGAGAGUCGAGCCAGGUUAAAGUUACUUCAGAAAACCCAUUCCCUUUUAGUUGGCAGGGCCUGUCAACUGCACAUGGUUGAAUAAAUCCAUAUCGAAACCAGCUGUGCCUUUCAUCACAGAAGGAGUGUUAAUCACUACUGCACUUUUUAUGGUCUCUUAUAGCGAUAGUCUUAUUUUGUGUAAAUAUUGUGAGCUUUCGUAAAAGAUUUUUAAAGUGAUAUGUUCAGAGAGAAACUGUAGUAUAACUGAUUUCUUUAAAAGAAAGAAAUGUAUAGAGGAUGUCUUAUUAUUCCUGUGUUAAAGUGUACUUUUCUAUAACUUGAAGAAAUCACUAUUUUUCAUCCUU